UAUUUCUACUACUCCUUUGUUCUCAACAAUUUGAUGAACAGGGAUGAUAUAUACUGUAUAUACAACAUAGCUAAUUAGUAAUAAACUCAUGAUUUCUUUCCCAGGGCCUAAGCAAGUUGUUUUAUUAGUACAUGGUUUGCUGUUUGAAGGGAGAUGUUGGAUUGCAAAUCUUCCCAGCAACAGUCUGGGGUUUUUUCUAUCAGAUGCUGGUUAUGAUGUCUGGAUAAUAAAUAUCAGAGGGACCACGUGGUCUAGAAGACACCAGAAAUUUUCAAUUGACCAGCAAGAAUUCUGGGAAUUCAGUUUUCAUGAAAUGGCCAUAUAUGAUAUCCCAGCAACUAUAGCAUUCAUUCUGCAGAAAACAAAGCAAAAUAGAUUAUAUUACUUUGGUCACGGCCAGGGAGGAACACUAGGAUUUAUUGCCUUUUCACUCCUGCCCCACCUAACACAAAAAGUGAAUCUCUUUCUGUGUUUCACACCUGCUUACACAUUAAGGGGUAUUACAGGACUUCCCCAAGCACUGGGAAAAAUUCCUGCUGGACUAAGAAAACUAAUAUGGGGCAAGAAGGAAUAUUAUCUUUUAAGUAACAAAUUAAAAGCCUUCCUAGCCUAUGGAUGUAGCCAUGCCAUGUUUGAUAAGCUUUGCCUUCAAGGUAUUUUUUAUAUGGGAGGAUAUAAUGCAAAAAACCUAAAUACAAGUCGAGCAGAUGUUUAUGUUGGAAUUUUUCCUGAUUUCACAUCUGUUAAAACAUUAUGUCAUUGGGGACAGGUUAUUUAUUCCAAGGAAUUUAAAUAUUUUGAUCACGGCAAAAAGAACAAAGCUGUAUAUAACAGAACAACACCUCCAUUUUAUAAAAUUGAAGAUGUUAUAAUACCAGUGGCUGUGUGGAGUGGAGGAAGGGACAUUGUUGCAACAAAAAAAGAUGUUGAAUUACUGACUUCUCGAAUCACACAUUUGGUUUUCUAUAAGAAUAUUCCUGACUGGCAACAUAUGGAUCCUAUCUUGGGCCUGGAUAUUCCACAAGAGCUAUAUAAUGAUAUACGCAAACUAAUGCAGAAGCACUAGGUUUAAUUUUAGAGGUAGAACGUAAGGAAGAAGCUGAACUCUUCAAAUCUAAAGUUUAAAUUAUAUUGAAAAAUAUAAUAUGUUAG